AUGUUAAUAUUGGUCCGGACAAACACACAGAGACACAUCUAUCUAUCUAUCUAUCUAUCUAUCUAUCUAUCUAUCCACAAACACACAUUUGUUUUCUACAUUUCCGUCUUUCUUGAAUUAAUUUCACAUGAGAUUUUCCUUAACCUACAACAUAUUUCACUUUGUAAUUUAUAUAUUUUUUUCGCUUUUUAUUCGUUUCUUUUAUUUUUAUCUCUCAUCCCAUCAUUCUAUCAUUCUUUACCGCUUUUUCAUCUUCAUCCUUCUCGUAUUUUCUACUUGUUCUUGUUGCUAUUGUUGUUGUUGUUCUUCUUCUUCUUCUUCUUCUCUCCUUUCCUUUACCCUCUUCCUCUUCUCCCUUUAAUUGUGUCAACCCUAAUAUCUCCUUCUCUCCGUCUUCUUAAUCUUCUUUCAUUCCUCAUCCUCUUUUUCUUCCUCUUCUUCUUCUUCCUCCUACUCAACCAACCACAUCCUCCUCAUAUGUUCAUUUUCUACAUUCUCCUGCUUUUCUUGUUCAUUCUUAUCUUCAUUUCAUUUCAUUCUCAUCUUCCUCUUCUCUUUUGUAUUCUUUUAGUCAUCCAAAUCUUAAUCUUCUUCCAUCCCUCCUACUCUUAUUUUUUAAACUUCUCCUUAUAUUUGCCCACUUCUUCUUCUUCUUCUUCUUCCAGAUACUCCUCGUUUGUUUCUUCUUUUCCUCUUCUUCAUUUUCCUACUUAUCUUUUUUCUUCCCCAUCCUCUUUUUUCCUAUGUACUCUUUUUUUCCUUUUAAUUUCUUGUCCUUUUUCUUCAUCGUCAUUUCCUUCAUUUCUAAUUUGUCCUUUUUCCAUAAUUCGUCUCUGUUUUUCAUUCUCCAUACUGUCUUUUUCCAUUUCUUCUUCUUCCUUUUAUGUCAUUCUUUCUUUCUUUCUUUCUUUCUUUUUCGACCUAUCUUCUCUCCCUCCCUUACAUCUUCAUAUACAGCCUUCCAUUCUUGUUUUACUUUUUUUUAAUCUUUUGUUGUUCUCUUUUGACUCAAUUUUCAUUAUGUUAAUUUUCUUCUUUCUUCCUUUAUUUUUUCCCAUGCUUUCCCUUCUUUCGUUCUCUUUUAUCCCCACCAUUUAUUUUUCCUUCCCUUAUUCAAAUCACCCUAUGCGGUCUUCUCUUGAUGCUAAAUCCGCUACAUUUAUUUCCCCAACGAUUUUUUUUUCUAUUUAUCAUCCGGAUUUCUUCAUUAACCUUCAUCUAGACCUUCAUUAG